AGCCAGUUCCGGCCACACCGGAAGUCUCUGCUGAGGAAAGCGGAGGGGAUACGCGCUAUCGGGAGCUCCCGGUGAGCGUUGUGUUUCACAGAUUCGGAAGAAAGAUCGGACAAAUGUUCAUUCGCAGUUGACAGAUAUUCCGGUGAAAAACAGGAUCUGAGACAUGGAUAGCCGCUUGCAGGAGAUCCGGGAGCGGCAGAAGUUACGGCGACAGCUCCUCGCGCAGCAGUUGGGAGCUGAAAGUGCUGACAGUAUUGGUGCUGUACUAAAUAGCAAAGAUGAGCAGAGGGAAAUUGCUGAAACAAGAGAAACUUGCAGGGCUUCCUAUGAUACCUCUGCUCCAAAUGCAAAACGUAAGUAUUUAGAUGAAGGAGAGACAGAUGAAGACAAAGUGGAAGAAUAUAAGGAUGAACUAGAAAUACAACAAGAGGAAGAGAAUUUGCCAUAUGAAGAAGAGAUUUACAAAGAUUCUAGUACUUUUCUUAAGGGAACACAGAGCUUAAAUCCCCAUAAUGAUUACUGCCAACAUUUUGUAGAUACUGGACAUAGACCUCAAAAUUUCAUCAGGGAUGUAGGUUUAGCUGACAGAUUUGAAGAAUAUCCUAAACUGAGGGAGCUCAUCAGGCUAAAGGAUGAGUUAAUAGCCAAAUCCAACACGCCUCCUAUGUACUUACAAGCAGAUAUAGAAGCCUUUGACAUCAGAGAACUAACGCCCAAAUUUGAUGUGAUUCUUCUGGAACCUCCAUUAGAAGAAUAUUACAGAGAGACGGGCAUCACUGCUAAUGAGAAAUGCUGGACUUGGGAUGAUAUUAUGAAGUUAGAAAUUGAUGAGAUUGCAGCACCUCGAUCAUUUAUUUUUCUCUGGUGUGGUUCCGGGGAGGGAUUGGACCUUGGAAGAGUGUGUUUACGAAAGUGGGGUUACAGAAGAUGUGAAGAUAUUUGCUGGAUUAAAACCAAUAAAAACAAUCCUGGGAAGACUAAGACUUUAGAUCCAAAGGCUGUCUUUCAGAGAACAAAGGAACACUGCCUCAUGGGGAUCAAAGGAACUGUGAAGCGUAGCACAGAUGGGGACUUCAUUCAUGCUAAUGUUGACAUUGACUUAAUUAUCACAGAAGAACCUGAAAUUGGCAAUAUAGAAAAACCUGUAGAAAUUUUUCAUAUAAUUGAGCAUUUUUGCCUUGGUAGAAGACGCCUUCAUCUAUUUGGAAGAGAUAGUACAAUUCGACCAGGCUGGCUCACAGUUGGACCAACACUUACAAAUAGCAACUAUAAUGCAGAAACAUAUGCAUCCUAUUUCAGCACCCCUAAUUCCUACUUGACUGGAUGUACAGAAGAAAUUGAAAGACUUCGACCAAAAUCACCUCCUCCCAAAUCUAAAUCUGACCGGGGAGGUGGAGCUCCCAGGGGUGGAGGAAGAGGUGGAACUUCUGCUGGCCGUGGUCGGGAAAGAAAUCGAUCGAACUUCCGAGGAGAAAGAGGUGGCUUUAGAGGGGGUCGUGGAGGAGCACACAGAGGUGGCUUUCCACCUCGAUAAUUUUGAAGACAUUGAUCCUGUUAAUGCACCUCUCACCUUCUUUAUUGUAGUUGAAUUUCAAGUGGGAGACUUAUUUUAGAACUCAGUUCCCACUUGCACUUUGCUUUAGUUUCCUUGAGCAUCAGGAAUGUCUUAGCCAACCUCCCUUGCAGUUGUCACAUACACUGUCUGGUUUUCAGGAUGAAUGAGGGAUUCUGUCUUUUGUCACAUGCAUGAACAGAACGGAACAACUCAAAUAGCUUCACCUUCAGAGACUGAAUUUAUUCUGGUAGACUCCAACUAACUACAAAAGAUUUUGCUUUUUAGAAGUAGGUGAGCAGUGAAGGAGAUCCAGUCUGUGGUGUCAUGUUAGUGCUGACGGGAUCUGGUAAAGUGCAUCCUGUACUGCUUCUGUAGCAAACUGGGAGCUGUUGGGAGCCAUGACAGAACAGUUGGGACAGAUGGUGAGCUUCUGUCAGACUUUUAACGUUUUCUUAAUGAAACAAUAAAAACAGACUUCAGCGUUUUUCUCCCUUCUUUUUAAAAUCUUAAAUAAACUCAUAUAUAAGUUGAGGACUAAAGAAAUUAGGAGACUUUGACCAAAAUCACCUCCUCCCAAAUCUAAAUUUGAUAGGGGUGGUGGAGCUCCCAGGGGUGGAUGAAAGAAGAAAAGAAUUUAAAAAGCUGUUUGUCAUAAUCUCAAUUUUGUAUCUACUAUGACUCCUAUGCAUGCUUCCUAAGAAGCAAACAAGAACAAAACCCAAGUGUUACAACUCUGGUGUGGACUUGAACUUGGAUUGACCUUCAAAGUAGUUUCAUAUUCCUCAGCAAAAUAAAAGUAACCGAGACAACAACAGAGGUACCUAGUUAUCAGGUGCUUGAUUUUAACAUUUCAGGGAAUACAAUUCUUGGUGAUGAGGAUGACAUAUAUCUUUAAACUUGAUGUGGAGAAAAUUUAAUGAAAAACUAAUUACAGAAAACCCUCAACUUAAAAAUACAGCUUGGAAAGUGGAACUGCAGUUGCCUUUUAUUAAAACCAUAUGGUGUGGUGUUUGUUUCUAAGAGGCUGGUUGUGCACAAGUUAGUUGUAGAACACUUUAUGUUGUAGUGUCCCUUUCUAUACUGUAAUUUAUGUUUUAAGUGAAUUUGAUGAAUGAAAUUAUACCAUGAUUGUUCUUGAUGAGUACUUUUUAAAUUUUGUUAUGACUUUUAUAAUGAACCUUUAAACCUUU